AUGUCAACCCGCAACGCCAUUUUUGACAGCUCCAAAUAUGUAUCCUCGACAGUUCUCAUACCCACUCCGACUUCAAUCAUUCGUUCCUUCUUUCACCGUCGGAUUACCCAGCGUUCUCCUCACCCGCCGAUAACCACGUUCGAGCCCGAUGCCACUGGCAGCAUCUACUCCAAUGAUCCCACCCCUCCUGCGUCCUACCCAAGUAUAGCCCCGUCUGCUGGGGGCUCGACUUCGAUACCGGCUACCAACACAUCUAUCCCCGAACCUAGUGGAAGCGACCAGUCGAGUGAAAGUCCGCUUUCGACCCUGCAGAUCACCACCGUGGUCCAGUCCUCUGGCUCGCAAACAUUUACGCUCAUUAUCCCAUUCCCAUCAACCCCGGCCAGUAUGUCCACUCCUUCAUCUAGCGGCGGGUCCGCCUCACAAGAACCAACGAUAAUAUCUGGGAGUGGGGUAGGGGAUGAUGGAGGUGUAGUACUACCCUCGGGGAGCAGUUCAGUAGAAGGAUCUGAAUCGCUCACAUCUCCGUCAUCAUCAUUGUCACCGUCUGUCUCGCCUUCGAGUUUAACCGGCUUCUCUAGCUCGGCUUUCUCAACUCUUCGCCCUGCCAGCUCUGCAUCGAUCUCACCAGGCAGUGGUGACGAUGAUGGGGGUUUAGAGCCUGGAGAGGACGAGUCGGACGACAUUGGAGCACCAGUACGAACCACAAACCCUGGCGUAGUCGCUGGUGCUAUCGUCGGAGGUGUCAUUAGCCUGUACCUCCUUUUCUUCCUCUUCGUCUUCAUAUGGAGGCGUCGCAAACGUCGUCGAGAAGGCACCUCAAGCCUGAGGAACAGUAUGACGGAACUAGACCGCGACAUGCACUUCCCAGGAUCAAUCUAUUACCCUCCGCAGGGCGGAACGUCGAGGAGUAGACUGAAUGUGAACGUUCACGUUGAGGUGGACGAUGACAGACAUCGACCAUUCGGGAGGUUUCCGAGGGACUGGGAUGAGUGGCUCGGGUCGAGGGAGAGCGUCAACUCGGAACCGCUGCCAGCUUAUCACCCGAGAUAA